UCGCAAACUAGCACACACUAUCAGUAGCUUUCGAGCAGUCUAAAAGAAGUGCACGAUGAGAUUUCUGAUUGUAGCCGCCGCCAUCCUGGCUUGUGCCGCAGCCGUACCCUCAGGUCUGCUGGUCUCACCCUACUCAGCUGGUUUCCUCAACUAUGGACAACCCGUGGCUUACGCUGCAUCCCCAGUAGCUGUAGCUCGCUCCCUACCAGUAGCCGCUCCCACCAUCCCCCCUGGUGACAUCGAAGGUGCAGCCAUCGAUGCUCACGUUGAUGCUGUCGACAAUACCCGUGCCGCUAUCGACAACGCUAAUCAAAUCAACGACCAGGUCGCUGAAAUCCACGGUAAAGCCAUCAACGCUGCUGAGGACAACGCCUGGCAAGCAGUGAGUGCUGCCCAGACCGCUGUUGCUCAAAUUGACGGAGCUGCUGCAAGCAUUGCCCCUGAAGCCGCUAAACAGGUCGCUGGUCGCGCCGCGUUCAUCGCUCCCGUUGCCACUUACGCCGCUCGCGCCUACUCCGCUCCUGUAUACUCCGGCUACGUCAACUCUCCCUUCGCAUACGCCGCCCCCGGUUUGGUCCGCGCGUGGUGAAAAUUGAUAACCAAAUUUUAGAUUUAUAUUAAAUGUUCCGAAAAACCAGAUGAGUCAAUAAAAAAUUACCGUAAA